AUGAGGCAAGAGGUGAAGCUAGCCGACACACGCGCCGAGCGCGACCUGCAAGACUCGCUUGCCGAAAUCUUUAGCAUCAUUGUCACUCUCGACGAGCUUGAGAAGGCUUUCCUGAAAGAUGCGAUCCCUGAGGCCGACUACACCGAGAUCUGCGAGCGCUCUCUGAAGCAGUACAAGUCCAUUUUAGCAGACGAGACCGUGGCAAAGGCCUUUGGGGGCCUAGAGGAGUUCAAAGCGGAAUGGGAUCUCGAAGUCCCCCGUGCAACAGAGCGCAUCCGCGUCGGCAUGCCCUCGACAACCGUGACAGCCUCAUCAAGCGCUGCUCCGGCCCCUACAGCCGCCGGCAAUACGAGCGGCACACUCAUUCUGGAAGCGACGCAGGAGUUCAUCACCUUCCUCGAUGCCGUCAAGCUGGGCCUCCUCUCCAAGGACCAGCUGCACCCCCUGCUCUCCGACGUCAUCCAGUCCGUCAACAAGGUCACCGAUCGCGACUUUGACAGUAGGGGCAAGAUUGUGCAGUGGCUCAUCACGCUGAACCAGAUGAAGGCCACGGACGAGCUGAGCGAGCAGCAGGCCCGCGAGCUCGAGAUGGACAUCCAGCAGGCUUACCAGGGGUUCAAGAGUACUCUCACAUAA